GCUCAGCUCUGCCACGGGCUCCCGGACCUGCGUCCGUCCGCCUGCGUGUGUCCGUGCCUCGGUCACCCCGCUCCCUCCUCCCCUGCUCUCUCCCUUUUCGUCUCCGUCUCCCCGUGCCUUCCAGAGGCAGAGCGGCGUGAAGCGCUGCUUGCGUGAUUCCUUUCCCGAGCUGCAGGAGAAGGGGAGAAGUUGCCCCACCCCGGCCCACCUUCCUCCUCCUCACGGGCAAGGGCUGUGAAGGCACAAGGAGGACGCGUGGUGCUCCAGGCUCCUCUCGUGGGUUCUUCCUUCCCAAGCACCCUGUGGUGGUGAAGAUGCCAGGGCUGAUCAACCAGAGCUCCCAUUGCCCACUGCUGCUCACCGCCUCCGAGGUGACAUCCUGUGUCAGUGGAUAUGCCCUGGGCAUGACAGCAUCGCUCACCUACUGCAACCUGCAGGCACAGCCCUGCAAAGGGCUCUUCAUCUUUCCCCUGGAUGAAGGCACCACCGUCGUGGGAUUUGAGGCAGUGAUCUGCCAGCGUGCCGUGACCGUGCAGAUAAAGGACAAAGCCAAGAUUGACGACGUGUAUUUGAACAGCAUCAGCCUCCCUGAUGGAGGAGCUCCCAACGGGGGUGGAAGGAUUGUGAUGGAUGAGGACUUGGAGAGGAUUGCUUUUGUGGCCAACCUGGGCAUGAUUCCUCCCUUGGAAAGCGUCUCCAUCUUCAUCAGCACCUCCUCUGAGCUGCAGACGCUGCCCAGCGGGGCUGUGCGGGUCCUCCUGCCAGCUGUGUGUGUCCCCAGGGUCCCUCAGCCCAGUCUGGAAAACACCAGCAGCCUUUCCAGCCACCUGCUGAGAAUGGACAAGCAGUGCUGCUCAUUGGGGAGCCCAGAGCUUGGGAGCAGUUUCUGUCUGGCCCAGCUGCUGCAGAGUGAGGUAACCAACCCCUCUGAGUACGAGUUCAGCUUCCACCUGGAGAUCCGGGGGCCAUGCUUGCUGGCAGGCGUUGAGAGCCCCACGCACGAGAUCCGAGCAGAUGCCGACCCCUCCGCUCACUCAGCGAAGAGCAUCGUCAUCACGUUGGCCAACAGGCACACGUUUGACCGACCUGUGGAGAUCCUCAUCCACCCGAGUGAGCCCCACAUGCCUCACAUCUUAAUGGAAGAAGGUGAUAUGACGCCUGCAGAGUAUGAACAGCACUUGAAGGGGAAGAGUGAUUUCAUUAAGGGCACAAAGAAGGACCCCAGUGCUGAGAAAAAGACGGAAAUCAUCCGGAAGCGCCUGCACAAGGACAUCCCCCACCACCCUGUCCUCAUGCUGAACUUCUGCCCCGAGCUCAGCACGGCCCCGGCUGACCUGCAGAAAGCUGCUGGAGAAUUCAUCUUCCUGGUGGACUGCAGUGGGAGCAGCACGAGCAUCCGCCGUGCCAAGGAUGCUCUGUUGGUGGCCCUCAAGAGCCUGAUGCCAGCGUGCCUCUUCAACAUCAUCACCUUCAGCUCCACCUUCAAGAUCCUAUUCCCAGCCAGCAGGACGUACUGCGAGGAAAGCCUGGCCGUGGCCUGUGAGAGCAUCAGGAGGAUGCAUGCAGACACCGGGAGCCCCAACAUCUUGUCUCCUCUCAAGUGGAUUUUCCGGCAGCCCAUCCGCAGGGGCCACCCCCGCCUGCUCUUCCUGCUGGCUCACAAGGCUGUGGGCAACACAGGGACAGUGCUGGAGCUGCUGAGGAACCACGCCUGCUCCACCAGAUGCUACAGCUUCGGCAUUGGGCCCCACGCCUGCAGGAGGUUGGUGCAGGGAGCAGCUGCUGUGUCCAGGGGCAUCGCUGAGUUCCUGGCGGAGGGCGAGAGGCUGCAGCCCAAGGUGAUCAGGUCGCUGAAGAAGGCGAUGGCUCCAGUGCUGAGUGAUGUGUCAGUGGAGUGGGUCUUCCCUGAAAGCACCGAGGUGUUGGUUUCCCCUCUCAACACCAGCUGCCUCUUCCCUGGGGACCGCCUGGUGGGCUACAGCAUCAUCUGUGACACCUCGCUGUACAUCUCCAAGCCCAGAGCUGACAAGAGACGACGGUACAGCACCAUGCGCUCCCAGGAGUCGGGCAGCUCCGUUUUCUUUCAUUCCCAAGAAGAGGGGACUGGUGCUGAGAGCUGGAGCUACCCAGAGGGAUGCAGCACCCCGGAUCAGCUGGUGGCAGGCAGGGACCCCAGCGGAGAAUCAGACACGGAUGCCGAUGUGAAAGUGUCCUGCAGGAGACGUGCAUACAGUGCCAACCAAAUCUCUGACCACCAGCCCCUCUACAAGGAGCCCACGGCCAGCGACCCGGGCAGCGCGCUAUUGAGGAACCCCCUCCGCAAAACCCAGCUGCAGGACCUGCAGCAGCUCAGCCCUGAGCUACAGCCUGUGCAUUUCCAGCCCUUCACUGCCACCCCACACAUCUCCACCACCUGGAUCUGUGGUGCAGGCACCCGCCGGCCCUCCCUGCUGCAGCAGAGCCACGUGUCCUCCUGCCACUGCCCCGCAUCCCCACCAGCACCUGACGUGGCUGUGGGAUGGAGUUCAGGGCUUCUCGAUGCCAGCCUGCAGUCCUCAUCCGACAGCCGGAGCCCUGGGGAGCUGGAGGCUGCCCAACAUCCAUCCUUCACGUUUGAAACAGAGACCUCUUCAGACUGGGAGCCCCAGGAUUGGGAUUCCGGUGCCACCCGGGGCUCCCCGCGCUCCCCAAGCGCCUCCUGCAAGGCGGUGGUGAAGGGGCUGCGGGGCGGUGAGCCCAUGCAGUGGGAAAUCACCUUCGACCUCGCUGCACUCCUCCGAGAGCAGAACGGGCAGGAGGAGGGCGAGGAGGACGUGUGGAGUGAGACCUUCCACCAGCUGGCAGCCAGGGCCGUCAUCAGGGACCUGGAGCUGCUUGCCGAGAGGGAGCGCGACAUCGAGCACGGGCCAGGGAGGCGAUACCAACUCAACGCCGUCCACACCAGCAAGGCCUGCAAUGUCAUCAGUAAAUACACAGCCUUCGUGCCGGUGGAGCUGAGCAGUGGCACCUACCUGCCCCCCAUCAUUGAGUACAGCCACACAGGGGUUUUGUCCAAGCAAGGUGGCCAUAGGAGCCUUAGCUCGGGGCGCAGGAGGUGUCGUGACCUUUCCUCUGCACAACCCCUCUCACCGUGCGGCCAGAAUGGAGAUGAUGGAUUUUAUGGCAUGGAUAUGGAAGAGCCCAGGCUGUCGCCAUGCAGCACCCCACUGUCCUCCAGCUGGAAGCGCUGCCGCAUCCCUGAAGUGCCAUUCCAGAGCCUAUCUGCUUCUUCCACACGCUCCCCAAAAUCCAUCGAGAGCAUCUUUGCUGCAAGGCUUACCCUCCAGAAGACCAGGCUGCUGACUCGGGCUGCCAAAGGUUUCAUGAGCAAAUCUCCAGCCAGAGCAAGCGAAGCCAGCUCUGAGAGCGACAGCGAAAGCGCCGAUUACCUUCCCCUGGUGUCCCUGCAGCUGGCCUGCGGUGCCUUCCUCAUGAACAGUGCCUUCUGCAAGGCAGUCAGCAUCCCCAUGGAGAAGCUCUGCUGGACUUCACCCUUCUCUUGCCACCGCUUGGCGCUCAGCCCCUCCAGCUCCUCCAUCACCAAGAAGCCAGAGCAGUGUGGAAGCCCCGUGCACAGCCAGCGGCUCCUGAUCCCCAACAGCAGCUCUGCAUGGGAUGCAGGAGGUGCCAUGGAAAGCAUCUCCAAAGCUCUGAAAGCUGAGAGCGAGCUCUCCCCCCCUGCCAUCACCGUCCGCCACUCCCCAGCCGAGCAGUGGGAUGCCAGCAUCUCCGAGGCAGACAGCACUGAUGUCCAAAGGCUGCUGCUGGAUAUCGAGCUGCAGAAGCAGACAGAGCCUGAGGGGAUGCUGUGGGCCACGGCUGUAGCACUGGCCUGGUUGGAGCACAGCUCAGCAUCCCACUUCACUGAGUGGGAGCUGGUUGCUGCCAAGGCCAGCUUGUGGCUGGGUGAGCAGGACUUCCCACAGGGCUGCAGCCUGGCUGCUGUGAAAUCUGCAGCCCAGCAGCUCUUUGUCUUGCUCAGGCACUGGGAUGAGAACCUGGAGUUCAACCUGCUGUGCUACAACCCUGGCAGUGUGUGAGAUGGGGCAGCAGGAUAGGGACCCAUCCCUGAGGAUGCCACCACAGGGACCUGUGUGGGCUGACCAGGCAGCCUCCAGCUGGUCAGCAAACAGAAGCAGCCUGGGCAGAAUGCUGUGCUCAGGGGUUGGUGCUUUGCCCCAGGGCAGUCCCUGCAGUAGGAUGCUAGCUGUGUGCUUCUGGUUCCCAGUCAGCUCUUGCCCCUUCAUUGCUGCCAGGACUCUGUGUCCCCUCCAGAAAUCCGUGCAUCCUCAGCUUCUCCUAUCUCAGCUGUCUUGUAGCAGAAGUGGGCAUCCCUCAGCAUUUCAUAAGGGAAACCUGUGUGAUGGACCACGGAGCUGGGAGGAUGCUGCCUUGCCUUGAGCCCCGUCAGCUGCAUCAGUUGCAGAUGGGGACCAUAAAUCUGGAUGGUGCUGAGCUCUGUAGCCCCAAGGCUGCCAGAGUGGGUGGGCAGGGAGAGCAGCCCCCAAGGCACCAAAUAGAGACACCCUGUGCCAAAACAACUCGGGGCGUUGUGCUCCCUGCCAAAAUGCUGCAUCCCUUGUGUGCAGUGCUCUGAUGUUGUGCUGUCGACCGAUGUAUUGUCCGUGUCACUCCUUGUAGAGCCGUGGGGAGCAGAGGACAGGCUGCAAAGGAACAUUUUCCCAGCAUCCUACUUUGCCCCAAAGAUCCCACCUGGAAAGCUCCACGGAUGUGGGCACGUCACGUUGCCUUUUCCUCCUGCAGUGUGUGCUUCAGGUUUCUGUGCUCUGUGUAUGUGUGUGUGUGUGCAGUCAGGGAUCUGUGAGCAUCAGUGUCACCCUUUGGGGUCUGUGUGAUGGGAUCAUUGGCACUGCCGUGUUGUCUGGGUAAACCAAGCCUGCCUUGUU